CGCCAUACAUACAUACAUGCACAUACUAUGACAUAACCACAUACACUAUGUCUUGUCCACUGAUAGACACACAUCCACCAGCGACAUAGACACACCAAGGGACACACAACACGCCCCACCGUGUCAGACACACAAAACGCCACUGUGUCAGACACACAACACGCUCCACUGUGUCAGACACACAAGAUAAGACACACCCAAAGUGAAAGCACACCCCGAGUAAGAAGAUAGACCGAGUGCAAAUCUACCCAGUUUGUGAUCGUGUGCUCACUGGAGCGGAAAGACAAUUUGACCUUAGAGUACGACACAGAAACGUUUGGCAAAGACUUACUUGACAUCAGUGUGUCAAGUCUCACAGGACUAAGACUUGCUACUACAGGAGUUACAGAUAUCAGCAUAUUCUUUCUUUCUUUAGGUUGGUCAACCCUAGAGCCAUAGCAGGUUGACCACGACACAGGAAGUUGACCACGACACAGGAAGUUGACCACGACACAGGAAGUUGACCACGACACAGGAAGUUGACCACGGCACAGGAAGUUGUCCACAGGAAGUUGACCACGACACAGGCAGGUGACCACCAAUGUCGGAACCAGCGUCUUGCCCGUGGACCUCCUGAAACCAAAACUUUGAUCUAAACGCCAACCGACUUGACCAGCUGAGUGACGUCAGCCAGCCAUGGCGGCACACAGGCGCCACCAGGAGGGGGAGGAGGAGAGGGGAGGGCCGAGGGUGGAGUUCCUGGACAUCUGGUCAGACACCAACUCCAGCAUCCACACCUCCCCCUCCCAGAGCUCGAUGAUCGAAGCCAUGUUCGACAACGACGACUUCUACGAGGAGGAUUACGUCGACCGUUGGCAGUCGCGGCCUCGACCAAUCUUCACCAUAGGCAGCUUCAGUGCGGGGUACGUCCUGACCCAGGAAGAGAAGGACAGGCUCUCGUCCAUCCACGCCAAGGUCACUACACAAUCGGACGGGAGGUCGGCCCCCGUCAAGUACUUCACCCACGAGUUGUCCUUCAGGGGAAGACUUCGCCGCUUCUUCAUCAGGAACUCGACCACACGUCUAGCCUGCACGUUUUUUGACCUCGCCCUAAAGACAAUUAUCUGCGCCCUCUACGUCACCAGGGUAUAUCUGGAUGAUCCCGCCCAAUAUGAAUGCAACGGCUCACCGUGUGGUCAAAACAUGACCAGAGAGGAACUCUUCAAAUCUACAGGUGACGUCAACUGGUAUGUUUUGCUGUGGGUCUAUCGCAGCUGGACAAUUUGGACAGCUGAAAUAGCCUUGGCCUACAUCUCGCUGUGUAAAGCUCUGCUCAUGAUCUACAUAGCAACAAGGGGUCAUCGUAUGGACCAAGUAUUGACCUUGACAUUUCUGUUGGAGAUUUGCUGUUCAGUACCAAUGCUCAUUACUAUUAUCUACCCUUUGAAGUUGCGCCACUUGUUUGUUCCAGUCUUCCUUAACUGCUGGCUGGCUAAAAGAUCUCUGGAGAAAAUUUAUAAUGACCUUCACCUUACAAGGCAGCGCUUCCAGACCAUAUCAGUCACAUUACUGCAGCAAAUGGUUAUGCUGGUUGUCAAUGUCAUGUGUCUAGUCUUCAUCAACAUCUGUUUCAUCCAACACAUCCAGCGAGCCAGUAAGGACACGCCCCUGACGAUGUUUGAGUCCCUGUACUUUGUCAUCGUGACAUUCUCCACGGUGGGGUACGGCGACAUCUCACCCGACAUCUGGCUGGGGCGGCUGUUCACCAUCAUCAUGAUCUGUGUGGCCUUUGCCUCAAUACCCCGACAUAUCGAGGGCCUGGUGUCCACCUACAUAGAGCGCCAGAAGGCAGGAGGUGAAUACAGCCAGCGGUCAGCCCAGCGCAACAAGCACGUGAUUGUCUGCAGCAGUUCUCUCAUACAGGACACUCUAAUGGACUUCCUCAAUGAAUUCUAUGCUCAUCCUAAGCUGGAGGAGCACACAGUGAUACUCUUGUGUCCCCAAGAGCUGGACAGCAACAAGCAGGUCAUCCUUAAGGACCCCAAGUGGGCCCACAGGGUCAUCUACAUGAGAGGGUCAUCUCUCAAGGACAUUGACCUCAAGCGGUGCCGCGUCCACCAGGCGGACGCUUGUUUCUUCCUGGCCCCGCGGCCCACACAGGACAAGGCCAAAGCUGACCGCCACACCAUCCUGAGGUCGUGGGCCGUCAAAGACUUUGCCCCAGCCUGCAAACAGUACAUCCAACUUUUUAAAUCUGCCAACAAAAUCCACGUCAAGUUUGCUGAGCACGUGGUGUGUGAGGAUGAGUUCAAGUACGCCCUGCUGGCCAACAACUGUCUGUACCCAGGCUUGUCUACCCUUGUCUCACUGCUAGUCCACACCUCCACUGGCCAGAUUCAGCCAGUUUUAGCCAAGAUUUAUGGUGAAGGUCUGCUGGCACCAGAACCCUGGCAACAGGUCUAUGGCCGACACUCUGGCAAUGAGAUCUAUCACAUCCAGCUACACAAGAGUCUCUUCUUCAGCCAGUACGUGGGGGAGACGUUUCCUAAGGCGUCUGCUGAUGCCCACCAUAGAUUUGGCGUUGCCCUUCUGGCUGUCCUAGAUGCUGAAGCUGCCAUGCCACGUCUGCAGCUGAACCCAGGACCAAACUACAGGCUGAAGGCCCAAGACUACUGCUUCUACAUGAGCGUAACAAGGGAAGAGUACUCUAAAGUCAGCCCCGACGCCCUAGAGAGCACACCACGCAGGAAACAUGAAAACUUAGCUAAAGAUUCAGGUUCCAUAUCUACAAUCAUGGGAUUCUCAAACCGCUGUGCCCAGAUAGCCUUGGCCCUACAGAAGUACCACAACGAGGCUGACCAGUCCAUGAACGCGGAGGAGGCUGACGAGGCCGUGUUUGACACCAUCACCAGCCUGAUGGGGGAGAAGAUCACACGCAUGGCCCGUAACCAGACGGAGCCCGUCUUCUCCACGGGCAACGAGCCCAAGGGUCUGCCGGAGAAGAAAAGCAACAAGAAGGGCUCCGUGAGCUUCAGCUCCAUCCCUCUGCUGCACGUCGACGAGAGCAACAACAGCAUCGAGCAGGUGCCGGAGGAAGAGGAGAAGGUCACGACCUCAUGUGAGGACCUCAGCGGGGCUGAUGGCGACAGCAAGGAAUCAGAUUUAGGAAGUUUGGGGAACGUGGACCACAGACACGGAGCAGGCCGGGUGCUGCAGUAUUACUUUGACAUGGGCCAGGAGAAGUUGAUCACGGGUCCACCACCAGUCACCAUCAUAUCUGGGUCAAGGAGAACCAGGUGUCACAUCAUGUCUGAGCCACGUCACUUCUGCUGUCUGGAGUGGGGAACUGACUGUGAACAUUGUAAAUACAAGAACGUCAACGAUGAAAGGUGGCACCACCAGCUCAUCAUUCUAGCUGUAGAACACGCCACCAGUGGGAUCUUCAACUUCAUUGUACCCCUGCGUUCUUCUUUCAUUGGCAUCAAUGGCCUCAGUCCCAUAGUUUUACUUCUGGAAGAAAAACCUGACUCUGUGUUCCUGGAUACUAUUGCUCAGUUUCCCCUUGUCUACUACAUGAUUGGGAAAAUUAAAAAUGUGGAUGACCUACUUGUAGCAGGCAUCAACAAAGCCAGCCAUCUUGUUGUGGUCAACCGUGAUUCAGACACAGACUACGGAGGGGAGGAAAUCCUGGCAGACUCAGAGACCAUAGUGGCAGUGCAGACAAUCUUCAGAUUGUUCCCCAACACAUAUGUAGUCACAGAGCUGAGCCAAGCCUCCAACAUGAGAUUCAUGCAGUUUUCUGCUCAAGAUGUUUACUCACAGAAGGCAUCAAGGUUGGAACAGAAAUUAAAAGACACUUUAACCACCAACUUGAAUCAAAUUUUCCGUCUUCCAUUUGCUGCUGGUCAAGUCUUCUCAGCCAGUAUGUUGGACACUUUGUUGUAUCAGACUUUUGUGAAAGGUUACCUCAUCAGUUUUGUCAGACUUCUGCUGGGUAUAGACGCCGAGGAGGGCUCCGGUCACUUGUCCAGUAUUCGUGUGAAGCGAGCAACAGUCCAGAAGUUUCCAGUCUAUGGGGACUUGUAUGAUGGCCUUUGUUCAGCCACUGGGGAAAUUCCUUUUGCUAUUUAUAGAACAGAAAAAAUGUCAGCCCAUGAAAGUGAAGAAACACACAAGAGCUAUUUUGGAGAGAGAAUCUCAGAGUUCCCCCACUUCCACAAGCACCACAAGCCGCGGCCUGAAGGUGAAGGCCUCAACAAGUCCCAGUCAACCAUCAGCAGACAUCGCUUCUCCAUGAUCUGCAAACCUGACCAGGACGAUCUGGGCGAUCUCAUCAGGGACAGGCUCAAGUGUCUGAACCUCAACCAGAGCGAUUACAGUGAUGUAAAGCUGAGGCCCAACACCUUGUCUUAUGUCAUCACUAAUCCUUCACCAAAACGAAAACUCAGGAUUGGGGACAUUGUCUACGUGAUUCAGCCUUCAUCUAUGUCUGCUGUCCCAUCUAAACGCAAGUUUUACAUGCACCGGUCGCACAGUUUUGGUGGUACAGACAGCAACACUCUAGCACCACCUCGCAACAACGGCUUCACUGGUGGGGAGAAAAAGGUUGGACGCUUUAAGCUGAAGAGGAUCAACUCAGAUAAGAUAGUGAGACCCAGGAGCAACACCCUGCCCGAUGGCAGCACAGACUAAAUGUUUGUCAGUAGGUGAUUCAGUUCAAACUGUCGUCAGUCAGUGUACAAAUAUAUUUGUCUGUAAACUGUCCUAUCAUUAUUUUAGCAUGACCAAAAGCUUGCCAGCUACUGAGAACGGUGCUAUGGAAUUUUUUUCCAUUUUCUUACACACAUUUUUAUUAAUCAUUAACUUUGUUGCAGAUAUCUUUAAAUAAAUUAUAAAGUAUAAAUUAGAUUCGAAGUUGAAAACAAAAUGGUUGUAAUAUAAUUUUUUAAAGAUGUAAUUUAAAAGAUUAAAUUGUUUUUAAUGCUCAACUUCAGUAGGUCUAAAUAAUAUGCUUUUGCAAUUAAAUUAUUGGCUGGCUAAUUUGUAUAAAAAGUGACAUUACAGAUUCAUAAAAGUAUAAUUACAAUUUUUAAAAAUCUCUUUCGGUAAGGGCAAAAUGAGUCUCAUUGUUUUCAUUGAGAAAUAGUAUGUAAAUAAAUAUUUUCUUUUUAAAAUUAUAUUUUACACAUUUUAAUAUUUUGACAAAGUAAGAAUUGUUGUUUCUGUAUGUUUUUUCAAGUAAAUCUGAAAUGUUGAAAAUACUUUUUCAUGCUGUAUAAUUUUUGUAUUUGUAAAAUAUUUUAAAUGAAGUUUUUAUAUAAAUCUAUUUAAAAUAUAAAAAAAAAUGUAUAUACAUUCAGCCUACUUAUAUUUUCAGCCAGUGAAGUUUCAAACACUGAGCCAUUAACUGAUAUUAUCCUUAGAACAUUUUUAAAUACUGUAGAUUAUUCUAGUCUCUCAUUUAUGUGUGGUCAUAAACAUUUCAUUUAGAUUACAUCCCUUGGUCUUUCAACAUCAUUUAUAAAGGUACUUAACUCUGCUAUUGAGAUGUUUAACUUGUCACAUUUGUUAAAAAGCUACUUAACUCAAAAUAUCUACUUAAUUGCCAUAAACAACCACAGAUUUAAUCUUAUGACACAUAAAACAUUUUUGUUUUUGUAGAUUGGUAAAUGACAAUGUUUUUUUAGUUCAAUGAAGAUGGCUUUUUACAUGACAGAAAAAAUUAAGAUAAAAUUGUAAAUGUUUGUAAGCAAAUUGAUUCCUAGUAGGUUUUGUAAAUACAUUAUAAACAUUCCCUGCAUUGGCCCAGUGUGUUGUUGGCUGUUCAAAUCUCGGUUCAUUCGGUUUGUCUCAAAAUGGUUGACAUUUUUUCCCUCUGUACCAAGUGCCUUAAAAUGUGCCUGCUUUUUUUUGUCUUGAUUGACAGGAUGCCAGCCCGUUGUUUAUUUUAUAUGUAUUAUAGAUCUUCAUUCUUACUGGUCAAAAUAUUUUGUACAUUUUCCAGAUGAGUAAAAUAAAUGUCAUUUUUCUAAUU